GCUUCGGCGAGAGCUCAGGAGUGUCCCAGAGAGAGCUGGGCCCUCCUGUCCCCAAGACCCCAGCCCAGCCCUGCUGCGCUCGCCUCCUCCAGGCAGGCUGCGGGACUUCCCUCCUUCCCUCCCAUCAUGGCUGUGUACCGCCUUCGUGUGACCACUGGUCCCUACCUGAUGGCCGGCACCAUGGACAACAUCUCCGUCACCCUGGUGGGCACGUGUGGGGAGAGCCCCAAGGAGCGGCUGGAUCGGAUAGGCAGGGACUUUGCCCCGGGCUCGGUGCAGAAGUACAAGGUGCGCUGCGCGGCCGAGCUGGGCGAGCUCUUGCUGCUGCGUCUACACAAGGAGCGCUAUGCGUUCUUCCGCAAGGACUCGUGGUACUGCAGCCGCAUCAGUGUCACAGCCCCCGACGGAGCCGUCUCCCACUUCCCCUGUUAUCAGUGGAUCGAGGGCUACUGCACCGUGGAGCUGCGGCCGGGAACAGCAAGAACUAUCAGUCAGGACUCCCUCCCCCUCCUUGUGGAUCACAGGAAGCGGGAACUCCAGGCGCGACAGGAGUGCUACCGCUGGAAGAUCUAUGCCCCUGGCUUCCCCCGCAUGGUGGACGUCAGCAGCUUCGAGGAGAUGGAAUCCGACAAGAAAUUCGCCUUGACCAAGACGACGCCUUGUGCGGACCAGGGUGACGACGGCAGCGGGGGUCGGUACCUGCCUGGCUUCCCCAUGAAGAUCGACAUCCCGUCUCUGCUGCACAUGGAACCCAACAUCCGCUACUCGGUCACCAAGACCACCUCGCUGCUCUUCAAUGCCAUCCCCGCGUCCUUAGGCAUGAAGCUUCGAGGGCUGCUGGACCGCAGGGGCUCCUGGAAGAAGCUGGAGGACAUCCGCAACAUCUUUUGGUGCCACAGGACCUUCACGUCAGAGUACGUCACGGAGCACUGGCACGAGGACCACUUCUUUGGGUACCAGUACCUGAACGGUGUCAACCCCGUCAUGAUCCACUGCCUCUCCAGUUUGCCCAGCAAGCUGCCUGUCACCAAUGACAUGGUGGCACCCGUGCUGGGACAGGACACCUGUCUUCAGGUGGAGCUAGAGAGGGGGAACAUCUUCCUAGCUGACUAUUGGAUCCUGGCCGAGGCCCCAGUCCACUGCCUUAAUGGCCACCAGCAAUACGUGGCCGCACCGCUCUGCCUGCUGUGGCUCAACCCCCAGGGGGCGCUGGUGCCCUUGGCCAUCCAGCUGAGCCAGACUCCCGGACCCGAGAGCCCCAUCUUUCUGCCCACCGACUCCGACUGGGACUGGCUGCUGGCCAAGACGUGGGUGCGCAACUCGGAGUUCCUGGUGCACGAGAACAAUACGCACUUCCUGUGCACGCACUUGCUGUGCGAGGCCUUCUCCAUGGCCACCCUGCGCCAGCUGCCGCUCUGCCAUCCCAUCUACAAGCUCCUGCUCCCGCACACCCGGUACACAUUGCAGGUGAACACCAUCGCCAGGGCAACACUGCUCAACCCCGAAGGCCUUGUGGACCAGGUCACGUCCAUCGGGAGGCGAGGCCUCAUCUACCUCAUGAGCACCGGUCUGGCCCACUUCACCUACACCAACUUCUGCCUGCCCGACAGCCUGCGGGCUCGUGGCGUCCUAGCCAUCCCCAACUAUCACUACCGUGACGACGGCAUGAAGAUCUGGGCGGCCAUUGAGAGCUUUGUCUCGGACAUCGUGGGCUACUAUUACCCCAGCGAGGCCUCCGUGCAGCAGGACUCGGAGCUGCAGGCCUGGGUCGGCGAGAUUUUUGCUCAGGCGUUCCUGAGUCGGGAGAGCUCAGGCUUCCCAAGCCGGCUGUGCACCCCGGCAGAGCUGGUGAAGUUCCUCACCGCAAUCAUCUUCAACUGCUCCGCCCAGCACGCGGCUGUCAACAGCGGGCAGCAUGACUUUGGGGCCUGGAUGCCCAACGCUCCAUCCUCCAUGAGGCAGCCCCCACCGCAGACCAAGGGGACCACCACCCUGAAGAGUUACCUGGACACCCUCCCGGAAGUGAACAUCACCUGUAACAACCUCCUCCUCUUCUGGUUGGUCAGCCAAGAGCCCAAGGACCAGAGGCCCCUGGGCACGUACCCGGAUGAGCACUUCACGGAGGACGCCCCGCGGCGCAGCAUCGCCGCCUUCCAGAGCCGCCUGGCCCAGAUCUCGCGAGAUGUCAGGGAGCGGAACCGGGGCCUGGCGCUGCCCUACGCCUACCUGGACCCGCCGCUCAUCGAGAACAGCGUCUCCAUCUAACCCGUCCCCGCCCCGCCCCAUAGGAGAGCGCGGGGAAGCUGCUCAGGGGUGCCCAGACCCUCCCCCUGCUUCCUGAACCUUCUGUCUGCACGUGGGGCCCUUCGCCCGCCCACAUGGCCAUGCAUCACGGGAGCUGGGCCCUGAGCUGCGAGAGACCCGUGGAGCAGCGUUCCCAGGGCAAAGCCCUGGGAAAGGAAGGAGCCCCUUCACCUUGCCCUCCUGCGGACAGGCUCCUGGUCCAGCCUCUGGGGGACUCAGCCGCCUCCCCGGCCGGGUUCCUGAGCCCCUUCCCAGGCCUCUUCCUCCCCCACCCCCAGCACGUCCUGCAAGCCCAGGAGUGAGCAGCUCGACUUCCUUGGGGGGAGAACCUGGCGCCUGGGCAGAGCAGGGCUGGGAGCCUGUAGGGGAGGAGAAGAGUUGGACUCAGCUCA